CAAAAUGUAUAUAUACUGUCAAAUCAACUUAGAAAUUCUUUAAACCAAAACAAGAGCGACCCCCACUUCUCAAGAAAGCAGGGUCAAAGUUCACAGGAAGCUGGGGGGCUGCCAUUUUUCCCCUGCUGCUGCUAUUGCUAACGGUUAACGGUAGAUGCUAAAACGACGGGAGGGGCGGCUGGUUUCAGGUUUUGUUGCUAGCUGGCCUCCGUUGAUCGAAAACGUUGCGCAUAAGCUGUCAUUUCUCCGACCCUUGACAUUAACAACCAUUGUUAUUGGAUGAAUUCGGCAUGGAGAAAGUAGCGGAGCCGUCUUGGACUUCUUCGUACACCUAUCAGGUGAGCAAGCACAGUGCGGAGAUGCUACACAACCUCAACAUUCAGAGGAAAGAUGGAGGCAGGUUCUGCGAUGUGAUCUUACGCGUCGGCGAGGAGAGCUUUCCUGCUCACAAAGCCGUGUUAGCCGCGUGCAGUGAAUACUUCGAGUCAGUGUUCAGCCGUCAAACUGAGGGGGACGGCGACACCAAGGAGCUGGAGAUGCACACAAUCAGCCCUAAAGUUUUUAAAGACAUCUUGGACUUCGCUUACACCUCCAGGAUCGUGGUUCGACUGGAGUGCUUCCCGGAGUUGAUGACAGCUGCCAAGUUCCUGCUGAUGCGAUCAGUCAUCGAGAUAUGUCAGGAGGUUAUUAAACAGUCGAACGUACAAAUCCUCGUCCCGACCUCCCGGGGAGGAGACGCCAGCCUCUUCCAGGCCACGGGGGCCACGGAUCUAGGUUUCCCGGUGGCGCAGCAGGAUCUGGUAAACGGAACGAGUAUGCUGUUGAACGGUCAAAGCUUUGCUAGCAACACACAAAUGCAUGUGGACCGUAGUGAAGACACGACGGCUGUGUUAUUGGAGGACGGAGGCGAGUCGUCGGUGCCGAUGUUGGAACCUGUCGAAGGACUUUCUGUCUCCCCAUCAUCGGAAAUAACAGGGAACACGUUUAAUCACGACACUGGCUCCCCUGGAUCGAAGCGGGGAAGGGGAAGACCAAAGAAAGGGGGAGUAGUAGAACCUAUCCAUUUUAAUCACACCAAUCAGAAAGACAACGGUCUGUUUCCUUGUGGGACUUGCGGUAAAGCUUUCACAGAGGCUUCGCGCUUGAAGAAUCACGAAGCGCAACACGGAGCCUCCACCGGGGGAGUAAACAACCUCAGUGACAGCAUGUCAACAGCAGGCGGUUUAUCUUUACUGUCGCAGCCUGGUCUUUUGGAAAACGGUGUGCAGUUCCCCGGGGGGCUCUCGCUGGAUAACGGACGAAAACGGGAGAGGACCAGGCGGCAUGUUGGCUGUGACAUUUGCGGGAAAGUUUUCCGUGACGUGUACCACCUGAACCGACACAAGCUCUCCCAUUCCGGGGAAAAGCCGUACGCGUGUCCUGUGUGCGGGCUCCGGUUCAAACGGAAGGACAGGAUGUCAUAUCAUGUGCGGUCCCACGACGGCUCGGUUGGCAAGCCUUAUGUGUGCCAAAGCUGUGGUAAAGGCUUUUCAAGACCAGACCACCUGAACGGACAUAUCAAACAAGUACACACAACUGAGAGACCCCACAAGUGCCAGAUUUGCAAUGCCUCUUUUGCUACAAGAGAUCGUCUCCGGUCGCAUCUUGCUUGCCAUGAGGAUAAAAUACCCUGCAAAGUUUGUGGCAAGUUCUUGCGAGCUGCCUACAUGACAGACCACCUGAAAAAACACAGUGAAGGAACUCACAACUACUGUGGCAUUUGCAAUAAAGGUUUCUCAACUGCAUCCUACCUUAAGGUGCAUAUAAAGACACACCAUGGCUCUCCUUUGUCCCCCUCUGCCACAAUGCACACCUUCCCUGAGCCAAGGGGGGAACUGCAGAUGCACAACGGCACCCCUUACCACAUGGGACGCCAGUGCUCAGUGGAAGACCUGUGUGCCAGUCGCCAGCUGCUUCUCACCUCGUCUGAGGCAGAGGGUCGCUGUCAUGGUCUGUCGGGACACCCAGUUCUUCCCCAGCCUGGCCAUUCAACCCUCUGCUUGCAGCCUGAGUUGCUCAUGGGGAAGCCAGGUGGGGCUCCAUAUUUCUGGGAGUGUCGCUCUGGCGGGGUGCCUGGCUUCCCCGCCCAUGGGCCUGUCGCAGAUGGGCAAGAAAAUGCUGGGAAAUGUCCUCAUUUGGAGUCAGAGGAAUCGGAUACUUCGUUCAGGGAAUUGUCCAAUGGAGAUGAGCUUAAAUCUCCACACAAAUCUGAUGGACCAGAGCUUGAGAUGCCUUCUUUAGCCUGUAACGGAGCUUCUGCAGGAGUUUUGGCAUCUCCAGAGGGCUCUAAAGCCAAGACAGAGCCGGAGAAAAAGUUUACCUGCGGGAUCUGUGGUCAGGCUUUCCGCACCAAGUCCUACCUCAACAAGCACCGGCACAGAGUUCACAAAGCCCAGAGGCCCCAUGGGGUCUCAGCUGCUGGCUUAAGUGAGAUGGCUCCCUCCCUGACUUCUCCCUUCUCCCCUCAACAGAACAUGUCUGUCCUGGAGUCCUUUGGUUUUCAGAUAGUCCAGUCUGCUUUCGCUUCUUCACUCGUGGAUGCUGAAGCAGGCCAAAGUGGAAUUGACUUUGGAGGGAAGUGACUUUUUUUAAGAGGUUUUACAAGUUGUCGUUAAGCCUCCCAUUCUUAAGACAAACUCCAGUUGCCCACAGAAGAUGCUCUGUAUUUGGGAAUAACUUUGCCUCAAGACUACUUUUUUUGUUUGUCACAUUGCUUAUGUGUAUCCAAUAUUUUUGUUAAAAAACUGCCAUAUAAUUCCUACUUUUUCUACUUUUUCAAAGUAUAGAAAGGGUGUUUGGUAUUUAGAUUUUCUUUGUAACGAAAUGACAUGAAGGUUUAUUUCUUUUAAUUGGUGUGAAUCUGUUGAAAUUAUAUUACUUUGAGCUUUCUCUCUGACUUGUGUUGUUUUCAAAUGCACAAAUGCUUAACAAAAAGACUUAUUUACUGUAUUGUUUAGAUGAGUAAUUGUUGUUUCACACCUUAAUUGCUCUGGUGAACUUGGUAAAUUUAUCUUUGGCCAUUACAGUGAUUCUUUCUUUUUCCUUGUAAAUCUUUACCUCAGAGUCAUAGGAGGGGCUAAAUUCUAUAUUUAUAUAAUUUCUUUGUUUCUUAAAAGGAUGUUUUUUUUAUGUGCAGGGAUUUAUAUUGGUCUCAGUUGUGAUUGUGAUUCUCUGAAUCUGCAAGUUAGAGAGAUAAUAUUCCUAAAAGGCUCACUACACAUUCCUUGACACGUUUAUUGAAAGUUUUUCCUCUGCCUCGAACAGAAAAUGUCCAUUUUCAGGCAGCUGAAUAGCACCUGGUACCUGUCAGUGACCUUGAUGAUGGAUUCCUAUACUUAAGAAGCACUUUUUUUAAGCACCUGCUAUAAUUUUUUAGUUUGUAAAGUUAACUGCUUAUGAGAAAAAGGGUUGACAUAGAGAGAGGAAAGCCAUUAAUCAUUGCUAAGAGGAAUUUUUAAAACCAAUUCAUUUCAAUGAAAAAUGUGCUGUAAAACAUGGGCGGAGCUUGUAGUGAAUGAGCUUUUUUCCCUGCUGUAAAGAAAAUGGUCUCUUUUUGUUCUAGAUCAUCACUCUCCUGCAUCCUCUCGCCUGUUACCCAGAAAUCAGUUCUGUACGUUUCAAUUACUAACAUGUAUUUGAUGCAAAGAAAUGGGUUUUUUUUGGUGAAGGUAUAGGCGAGGAUGCAUAGUUGUAUCUUUUGAUUAGGUAUUUUCUUCAGCUGUGAGAUGUACACAUACUCAUCCUACUAAGAAGCAGCAGUACAGUAAAAGAAGAUAAACUUAUGAUGCAGCUUUGUCGUAAGUCAUAUUUGAAUUCCAUGUAUUUUGGGUAACGUCUCAGAAGAAAGAUGGUCUCAUUUUGGGUAAAACUUGUUGCUUCUACCCUCAUUGUUUGCCCCCACCCUACCCCAUCUGUUUGCUUUUCAGCUUAGAGGUGAAAAGAAUCAAGGAUGUACAAAACGAGAAAUUGGUUGUUGAAAUGAAUCAGGGACCAAGGUCGGGUUUUCUUGUUUUUUCCCCAGCAUAUUUUUUGAGAAGUGUAGAUUGUGUUUUAUUAACUUAUUCAUUUCCUCACUUUUGUGUAAAUAUUUUUGAAUGUCAAACAAAGAUCUCAUGAUUUGCUCACUGAUUUUCAAAUAAUUAUUCAUGGAGAUGUGAGUAGAAGUAUAUCACAACAGACAGCAAGAGGGUUCAGAGAGGUAUUCACACUUUGAUCCACCAGCCUUCAAACACAGUACAGCGUUUGUAGUUCAAAAUCAUGGCUUUUGUUAACUGACCCUUCACUAUCAUCACUUUUAGCAUUCAUUAUUCUCCUUUUCAGAGUUACUUGUCAUGUGUUGUUGGCUUGACUUUAAUUUGCUCUCAAGGUCACCGUUUAGAUACAAGUUAAUUUUUGGGAAAUUAACAGUGCAAACUAUUUUAAUCCAACAAAUUUCCUGUGGUUAAGACCAACAUAAUUGAAGAUAUUUUUCAAAUGAACAUACAAUAGGAGCCUUGGAUCCAUUUUCCUCUUUUUACCGUUUAUUCACCACAGGAAAUGAUAAAGAGAAGUUCUAUUUUUACUCACAUUUAAAGCUGUAAUUAAACAUAUUAAUAUUUGAGUCUACUACCUGCAGUGUCAGGAUGUUGAAAAAGCCAUUUAGAUUCCUAAAUGUCACAUCAAUGAUCCAAUGAUUUUUUUUUUAAUUCUUUAAAUUAAUCAACCAAUUAAAGAAUUAAGAUAAUUGCAGAUUUGAUUAUUUACUCUUCCAGUUUAAACUACGCUUGUCCUAAUCAUGUUGCCCUCCUCUUGCUCCUGUAAAUAUUUAAACUUAAUAUAAUGACACUGAUCGUGAGGAGAGUGCUUCACAUCAUAGUUUACAACUGCAAAGUGUUCAUUAUAAAAUGUAAUAAUUUGGUGUCAUAUGGACCUGUCACACAGCUCACACAUCAAAUCUCUGAGGUUAGUUUGUUGUAAAACGUGUCAUGAUGCAAAUUGAGCUCAGUCCAAAAGAAAAAGGGCUGGUGGUGUGUGUUUAUGUGUGUGUGUGUGAGUGUUUGUCUAUCAUGUUUCUUGCUUUUGGUUUAAUUAUUUGUGAGUAAUUUACCCUGUUAAAUUCAGUACAUUCCUAUAUUAUUUAAGUUUUUAUUGUGAUUGUAACAAGUGUAUAUAACUCCCAUAUACACACACUCUAUAAAUAUAUAUAAAUAUAUAUAUAAAUAUAUAUAUAUGAACCAACCAAUAUGAUCAGUGUUUGUCAGUGGUGGUCCUGUACAUAUAAAGAUUUUUUUCUCUUGUUUGUGUUGUGGAGGGAUGUUAAGUUAUGGCCAUUAGAAGUGUAAAGUGCAUGUUCUGGCAUGCGAGCUGAGCUUGGGACUGAAUGUCGAUCACUGGUUGGUGGCAGUAACAGUUAAACUGCUCACUGUACUAUCACUGCUGUGGUAGCACUCACACUGCCAGGUGCUCAACCCUCCUUUUUAACCAAGCCCCCCCCCCCCUGCCCUUUUUUGAUCCACUCUGCACUAGUAUUUACUCAUUAAAAAGGUUAUAAGGGUUUCUGUUUUUUCUUAAUUACAAUUACUGUUUGAAGACAUGGAAAAUGCUGUAAGAACCUUUGUUUUGGUGGUUCACUGGGAUGUAUGUUUUAUUUUAUUCAUGUUGGUACUGAAAUGUUACAGAUAAUUUUAUGGAUUAAUUUAGGCCUAAAUGUUUUUCUUUCUGCUUUUGGUCUGUUGCAAAGUGCCUUCCAAAUACUGACUGUGCACAGCAGUGGAUUAAAAAAGGUCCUCUUUUUUUUUCUUUUUUUUUCCUUUUUUUAAGGGUAAGAAUUGUACAGAGUGACUUGCAUUGACACUUUUGUAUAAAAGCUCAAAAUGUAUAAUAUGUUAACUUGGUAUUUUAUCAUUUUACUCAAGAUUGCUCUUAAAAAUGUGAGCUACAUGUUUUGUUAUGACGUCUUUGGACAUAUUUCACUAUAAGCUUACUUUUCUAUAAAUGUUUGUUUUUGUACUCUGUUAUUGAGUUCCAACUCUUCUUGGUGCAAAGACAAGCAUCAAAUAAAUUGCAGCUGAAAAUCA